UUAUAUCUGUAAGGUGUUUUCUAUAUCAUGCUUGUCCAGGUGGAUAUGCGUGAAUUCUUAAAUGCUCCAAAUGGAUCGUCCAAGCAAUCUCGUCCUGUCAAUGAGAGGCCUGAUGCAGACCCUUCUCAGUCCCCAUUGGGCGGAAGGACGGAUAUGUUUGAUCUUCCUCUCCACAUGGCUAGAGAUCAAAUUGAAGAGAGUCUACGAACAAAGAUGGCUUCUAUUAAGGAGCGCAUGGUUGAGCUUCAAGAUGCACAAAAAGGUGCAGAAGUUACUUCGGAGGUGACGGAGAGAGAACUUGAGCUAGAGGCUCAGCUUGUUGAGGCAAGAAGCAUUAUCCAAGAGCAGGCAUCUAUUAUGUCUAAACAUCUCGAGAAGCCUGAAAGGCCAAGUAGGAGGUUGAGUGGCCAUCUGAGUUCUGAUUGAAACUCAAUCUUGUCAUCUCAGCCUGAGGGAAUGUGAAAUCAACCGAAUCCAAGUUAUCCCACUUAUGGCCAUGGUCAUGUAUUAGAAACGAUGUAUAUUGAUCUCGUGCACCAAUACCUUGUGUUCGAAGCCUCUUGAAUACUACGAGCUUUUUGUUAGCUGUAGUUUGAUGCUGUAUGUAUUGCAUAUGUAAUUGCUUUAUGCUUAUCUUAUCCUUGAACUUUCAGAUACACGACUCUGACUCAGUUAUGUAGAAAAGAAUAUCCAUCUGAAUUUCAAUCUAGUUCGAAAUAUUAUUUUGUCA